AUGGCUCUUGCGUUGAGUGUUGCCAUGGGCUUGGCUUUGGGUGCCAGCCUAGUGACUGCCAGUCCAGUAAAAGCCACCGGCUUGGAACAGAUUGAACAUGUCGUCCUUUUCAUGCAAGAGAACCGUGCCUUUAACCAUUAUUUUGGAACAAUGGCUGGUGUGAGAGGUUUCAAUGACCCGAAUGUUCAGGUCAAUUCUGACGGGCGUUCCGUUUGGUACCAAAACGUUGAUUCGACUUUGUCCAAUGAGACCGACUACCUCCUGCCCUGGUACCUCAACUACCUAGGCGGAAACUGGUCAGAGGCCACUCAAUGCAUGGUUGCAGGAUCCAAUGGUUACGAUGCCAAUCAUUUAGCUCUUAAUGGCGACCUCAACAACCUCUGGGCCACCGAGAACACCCCUUGGAGCUGGGGUUAUUUCAAGAGAGAAGAACUCCCUGUUCACUUUGCCAUGGCCGAGGGAUACACCAUCAACGAUAUGUAUCAGGAGGGCCAGAUUACGGCAACUAACCCCAACCGAGUUACUUGGGUUAGUGGAUCGAUUAAUGCUACUGGUGCUGCGUAUAUUGACAACAAUGAAACUCCUGGAACUACCGGAGCAUACUCCUGCUACCCUCUUACAUGGGAGACAACAUUCGAGGUCUAUGAGCGCCUCAACGUAUCAUGGCAAGUAUGGCAAAACACUGAUAACUUCGACGACAACCCAAAUGCCUGGUUCAAGCAAUACCAAGAUGCUGCUACGGGUUCCUCCCUACACAUCCACGGUGACUCUUUCCAGUACACUCUCGAUGACUUCGUUGCGGCCGCUGCUGCCGGUACUCUUCCCCAAGUGAGCAUCAUCAUCGGUCAGGAGGAGUUGUCCGAACACCCCCCUUGGCAACCUAAGGAUGGAGCUUGGUUGCACCAGCAAAUUUUCGAUGCUGUUGUCAAGAGUCCCAAAUACAACUCUACCGCUUUAUUUAUUUCUUACGAUGAAACUGGCGGCUGGGGUGAUGCUGUUGUUCCCUACCACUCUCCUGCCGGAACCGAGGGUGAAUGGAUUGAGGAUCCCCUUGGUGUUUUCGGCCAAACCUAUACUGGUCCUGGUUUCCGUGUUCCCUCCUGGAUUGUCUCACCCUGGACUCGUGGUGGACGCGUCUUUGGCGAGCACUGUGACCACAACUCUCAGAUUCUGUUUGUUGAGAAGUGGCUCGCAGCCAAGGGCUACAGCGAUGUUGAGCUCACAGGCAUGGCAACUUGGCGCCGUAACAACAUGUGUGAUUUUGUCAAUGCUUUCGACUUUGCCAACCCUGAUUACAGCGUUCCUUCAGUUCCUACUGCAGAGACCCCUCUCACUGACUCUAAAGGCAACUAUGAUGGUGCCAGUCUCUGUGAAUCAACAUACUCCUCUACCAGACCACCAGUGCCAUACGGCAAGCAGACCCUUGAGGAUGCCUUGUACUUCGAAGAUGGGUACAAGCAGGUGAUCGGUUCCUUGACCGAAGGCCGUUAUCUCACCUUUGAAACCAAUGGUUACGCCUUGACCAACCCUGGUUCAAUCAACGGUAAGGUCACUGCAACCAAGAUAACGUCCAAGCACGACAGCAAAAACCAGCGCUGGGUCAUCCACGGUUCCAAUGGCACUUUCCAGAUUUCCAGCGCCUUCGAUGGACAAUUCAUUGGACAGAACGGAAAAUUGGUCGCUGCCAGCAAGCAAGCAAAAUCUGCGGCCAACUUUGAAAUAACAUUUGAAGCUGGGAAGGGAUACACUGUGCAGUACAGCGGUGGCAAGUACUUGACGGUUAAGUCGAAUGGAAGUGUCGAUGCUGCGGCCAACAGUCCUGUCGACUACGAAGUUUACAGUGUGUCUUACCAUAACUAA